AUGUUUGCCCGCGCACCGAGUAGUAAACUCGGCCAUUCCAUCUUGCCCUUGGCCAGCUAUAUCCCCGCCGCCAUAUUGUAUUACCCUCAGCGAUGUGUUCUUCCUCUAUAUCAAGUGCCUGGAGCUCGAUCUACACAGAGUAUUCGAGCGUUCUCUGACCGAGCUCCAAUUGGGAGAAAGAACAAGAACUAUGGUCGAAGAUCACCAGCCAGCAGAAACAGCCAUGGGCAUCAAACUCCACAUCUUGCAUAUCGUUCGUUCUCAACCCAGGAUAUUCCAGAAGAACUUCCAAAUCAAGAGCAAUGCCAAGUCGAGUCAACAAAGCCGGGUGAGCCGACAAUACACGCGCUGUUCGAGAACAACACUUCGACGUGGCAAUACAUCGUUUCCGAUCCGGCAUCAUCGCAUGCCGUCAUUAUCGACCCGGUGCUGGACUACGAUCGGGCCAGUCAGACCAUCAGCACCCAGAGUGCGGAUGCAAUCCGCAAGAUGGUCAAGGACCAGGGAUAUAAAAUGGUCAUGAUCCUUGAAACCCAUAUCCACGCGGAUCACAUGACAGCGGCGUCAUACCUCCAGACCAAACUGGCUCAAGAUCAAAGUUUCCAGCCGCCUAUUGGCAUUGGCAAGCGCAUCGAGCAGGUACAGAAUCUGUUUGGCCAGCGGUAUGGGGUUUCCAAGGCUGAAUACAAGGACAUUUUUGGAAAGUACUUUGACGAUGACGAAAUAUUCAAGAUCGGCGAGCUGAGCGCGUCCGUUCUACAUCUCCCGGGUCAUACUCCUGACCAUGUGGGCUACAAAAUUGGCGAAAAUGUAUUCUGCGGCGAUUCGGCUUUCCACGCAGACAUUGGAACUGCGCGCUGCGACUUUCCCGGCGGAAGCGCCCGCGACAUGUUCCAGUCCGGGAGAAAGCUUUUGGGUCUGGCAGAUGAAGUGAAGAUAUGGACGGGUCAUGACUACCCGCCGCAGGGACGCGAGGGCCCGAGGCCUUGGAUGAGCGUGCGGGAGCACCGACGACACAAUAAACAUUUGAUGGACGGCACGACCUUGGAAGCGUACGUCGCCAUGCGAGAGGAGCGGGAUGCGAAGAUGUCGGAGCCAAAGCUGCUUCAUCCGUCUUUGCAGAUCAACAUUCGUGCAGGACAGUUGCCCAAGCCGACGCCAUCAGGGCAUCGGAUGCUUCAUCUGCCGCUGAAGUCUGAAGGUGUGGCGUGGUGA